CAAUCCCUCCAGCUCGCUGUGUAAGUGACAGCCCUGGAGAGCAAUCCGGAGGGGCCCCGCCUGAGUAGGGGCCGGACCAGGGGCCACUCACCAACCCCCUGACAGACACUUCCUGCUUCCUCCCUGUGUGAGUCAGGAAGCAGACUCAGUAAACACUCAAACUCAGCUCCUGCUCCAGACAUGGCUGGCAUUAAAGGUACUGUCUCAUUCCUUUCACUCACACUCCGUGAGUUUGCACUCAUCUAGUACAGUGCUGCUCUCCUGCUAUUGUAAUGGGAACCAACCUGAUCAACUACCUAUACAGGGGGUCUAUUAACCCUUUGUGCUCCAGGCUGGGCUGCAGCAACAAGAAUGCUUUUCAUUACUUAUUGGCAUUGCAAGAGUUAACCCCUAGCUAAAAUGGAAGAGUUAACCCCUAGCUGGCUAUGAAGGAUUAUUCCCUAGCUAACAUGGAAGAGUUAACCCCUAGCUGGCUAUGAAGGAUUAUCCCCUAGCUAACAUGGAAGAGUUAACCCUUAGCUGGCUUUGAAGGAUUAUCCCCUAGCUAACAUGGAAGAGUUAACCCCUAGCUGGCUAUGAAGGAUUAUCCCCUAGCUAACAUGGAAGAGUUAACCCCUAGCUGGCUAUGAAGGAUUAUCCCCUAGCUAACAUGGAAGAGUUAACCCCUAGCUGGCUAUGAAGGAUUAUCCCCUAGCUAACAUGGAAGAGUUAACCCUUAGCUGGCUUUGAAGGAUUAUCCCCUAGCUAACAUGGAAUAGUUAACCCUUAGCUGGCUAUGAAGGAUUAUCCCCUAGCUAACAUGGAAGAGUUAACCCCUAACUGGCUCUAAAGAGUUAAUCAUUGGCUAACCUUAAUACGUCAACCCCUAUUUUGCCUAGACAAGUUAACCCCUAGUUAGCCUUGAAGAAGUAACCCCUAACUAGCUUAGACAAGUUAACCCCUAGCUGGCCUGUAAGAGUUAACCCCUAGCUGGCCUUGAAUAGUUAACCCUGUAAAUUGAGUAAAUUUGCUAUUCUUAUGCUUUCAUUAACCCUGCCAGUAUUUCUGAUCUCCAAAACAAUAGUACGCUGCCCGAAAUAUUUUUAUUUUGUUUUAAAAGUAGAAGGUUAUGGGAAAGGCUACAGAAAUAUUCUGAAUACACAGACAUUUAUUUGCUAUUUAAAAAUAAAUAAAUAAAGCAAGAGUCAUGUCGUUUAUUCCACCACUAUCUAGAUUAUUAUUUUAAAAACAGUUUUCAAGUGACAGUUGUCCUUUAAGAAAACAAGUUCAGGAUCGAAACAAAACCUACAAUUUGUGCUAUGUGUUUGUUCAACUGUAAUUUUUUUUUCUUUAAAGGAAUAAUAAUUUUAAAAAAUUUAUAUUUAUUUUAUGUUAGACCGUUCCUUUUUAGUGUAGAUUACUCCAAGUACCAUAACCACCGCUACCCGCCUACCUUUCUCUUACCAAUGAGCGAAGCUCUGCACUGCUAUCGUAAAAUGGUUUGACUACUUACAAUAGGGAAGUGCCAGCGCACUCCUGGCACCAUAACCACUACAACUCAGUGCCAUUUUCUUUUUUUAUAUAUAUUUACCUGUUCUACCGUGUGCCGGAUCUCAGUAUCCUGGGGCAGCCAUUUUGUUCUCCCCCUUUUUGUCUGCUGUUUGCCCUCCUGGUUGAUUAUACUGAUGAAUUGUGGGUAAAUUAAUUUGUCAACUUGCGUAAUCUCUGCUCAUUGUCAACAUGACUGCUUUACAUUAUGUAAAACAUUUCCUUAUGCAUAUUAUGAAAAUGAGAGCCCUCAGGAAAAAAAUAAUAUUCAGGCACGAGAUUAACCCCUUGAGGACCAAACUUGUGGAAUAAAAGGGAAUCACGACAUGUCAUACAUGUCAUGUGUCCUUAAGGGGUUAAUAGAAGCAGAUUAGAUAAAGUUUAUUUUUGAUAACGGAGCCAUUUUAUGGAGGUAGUGUCCCAUGUUACUGUCUGUGUGAUAUGCACUAGACAUGUUUCGAACAAAUGUAAACAUUGCAGUUUCAGUACGACUUCACUCUUCUUGUUUUUUUGUUCCGUACAUACAAUUUAUAAUCGUAUUAUAAUUAUCCCCCUGUGUUAGGUACAGUAAAUGGCAACCCUUUUAUUUGUAACAUGUUAUUUUAAUCAUCUGACACUCUUAGCCAGUGAAUGCUGUUUAAACCUGGUACUAUACCAACUCAGACUGAAAGGGCUCCGAUUGCCCCACGCAGCGCAGUGGGUGUCAAACUGUUUGUAACUGCUGUAGUGGUUAUGGUGUCUUAGAGUGUCAUUUUAACUGAAGUAUAGGAGAAUUGUAUUUUUUUCAAAUUGGCUAUUGUUGCCUAAAUUUUGGAAUUUUGAUUUCAAUUCACUACAGUUUACUGUUCAAGAGAUACCAUAUUUUUCGGAAUAUAGGACGCAGUUAUUUUACUAGUUGUAGAGGCAGCCCAAAUCUGUACUUCUGUCGAGCUCUCUGUCGCACGAACCUGGCCUGUCAGAUUGUUGCAGCGGGUUACCAUGGCAAUGCUUCGAAGUGGCGCAAUGCUAGGGGCUUGCGAUAAGAGCUUGCACCCGGCAGAGUUGCAAGCUAGAAACCUAUAGUAGCACCUGACCACCAGGGGAUUUAUAGCAGUAGCUUUUACCACCAGACAAUCCUGUGUCCCCCUCACUGGCCAGAGGUAAGAGGCACACACAUUAAAUAAAUCUGAAGUAAAAGUAUGAAGCUGCACCUCUCACCCCCCUUCGAAUCUACACAUGCACCUGCACUGCAUCCACUAUGCACACACUGCAUUCUCUGCACACACAAUUCCUUCCUUACAGACACUGCAUUAACUAAACACACAGACACUUUAUCCCCUACACACAUUAAAUUCCUGACACACACUUUAUCCUCUAUAUACACAUAGAUACUGUAUCCCCUACACACAUUAAGUUCCUUUCACAUACACAUAUGCUAUAUCCCUCUAUAUACCCAUACACGCUAUAUAUGCUAUAUCCCUCUAUACCCAUACACGCUAUAUAUGCUAUAUCCCUCUAUACCCAUACACGCUACAUGCUCUGUACACAUAAACUAAAGUUUACGGUGAUUAUGGUACAUGUUGUCUUAUAUUGUUUUUUUUCUCUAAAUGUCUUGUCAAAGUAUAUGGGUGCAACUUAUAUUCCGAAAAAUACAGUAACUCCCAAAAUAUAUUGUAAGGAAGUCAAAGUUAACUUGAAUAUUUAGGGCAAAAUAGCCGAAAACUGAACUCAGUAGUAAAUGAAAAUCUGGUAAUGGCAAAAUUAGGCCGAAAUAGCUGGUCUGGAAAAUUCUCCAUCUCGGCUAGAAGUCCUAGAUAGCUAUUCUAGUCUAAAUUGUGUCUCCUGAAUGUCACAUUUCAGGCCAAAAUAGACGAACUGAAAACAUUCACCAUAUUUUUAUUAUUUUAUUAUUUAUAUAGCGCCAGCAAAUUUCGUAGCGCCAUUUCAUCUGUGUUUUUUGUUUGGCUAAUAGUCUCCUAUGCAUUCCCUGCUAUUCACACGUUCGUGAAUAACGUUGCACAACUGCAAUUUAGUUUUUCUGAUGUGGAUAAAUCUAUAAUUCAACUUUUCACAAAUGUGCACAUUUUAUUUUCCAGAAUCACUGAAUUUAAUAUAUUAUUUAUAAAGCGCCAACAAGUUCUGUAGUGCUGUACAAUGAGUGGCCUAACAGACAUUGAAAGUCUGUAUCUGGUAGAAAUCCCUUGGUGGAGUCAAACUUUAAAAUUAGUAUAUGUAAUGCUUAAAUAGAACUUCUACUUUAAAUUGUUCAAAAUUGGUUUAAUUUUCAAUCUUGAGACGGCUCUGGCGACUCCUGUCACUCACUACACAAUAAGCUGCAUUAUUGCUGUGAUUUGUAGCCAGCUGUUCGUGACCCAUUAACACGUUGGUUUAUUUGCGAAACAAUGAAUUGUGGAGUUUCAACCAGGCAAAUUUAAACUUUUAGACUAAAAUAGUCGAGAUGGAAUAAUGGAAAUAUUGUAAAAUAUAUCCAAUUCUAAUAUAUUUAUAUAUAUAUUUGCCCCCCCUUUCUGCACUGUAAAAGUUGACCCCUAACUAAUCCUUUUGACUAGUUGAGGGACAUGGGAGUUGUAAUCCGGGUAUAGCAUGGGCUGCCGGUCCACGCGCUCUGACAAUGUACCACAAUGUAUCUGCUGUUUAGUAUAUGUCCAGGAUAUGUCUAGUUUGAUACGGCUUUGUACCUGUUUGCAGCACUUGUCGGUUUGUCGUUUACUGGAGCCAUUGGACUUACGUUUCUUAUGCUGGGAUGUGCCUUGGAAAAUUACAGGUAGGUUCUAUGUGAAGCUUUGUAUGUAACAUGUUGUUUGUGCUGCACAAUGACAUCAUACCCACUAUGAUGUCAUACUAUUUUAGGUUUGACUCUGUACUCCAGCACGUUAUAUAGUUGGCUAAAUACUGCAACUUCAUAUCCUUUAAAAUGAAUAAUAAAUAACUAGCCCAUUAAUUUUAGGGGACCGAAAUUAUUGGAUUUCUGGUUAGUCUGUUGCUUUUUGGCAAAGCGUGAGCAGAUCCCUGGUUUAGCUAGAUUUUAAUUACGAUGUUGCAUUCAGAAUUUGUUCUUAUCACUUCACAGCAGGAGCAAAAGUGGUUUAUACCUUUUAUAGCAGACCAUUGUGAGACUCUACAAUCAGAAUUGAUCAAUUAGAGACUUACAGGGUUAUUCACCAAUGUGAGAAUUGAGGGAAAUUCAAACUGAAUUUAAAGAUAAAAAUAGCCAGGUGCAAUACAGAAUUGACUUGGAAAAUGUCGAAUUCGGCUACUUUGGUUUAAAUUUGAAGAUUUGCUUUGAUUUCAUGACAAUUCUGACUUUAGUAAAAAAAAAUCUAUUGGAUAAAUAUCAGGUAUGCCAGAAUCAAUCGUGUAGUAGAUUGUUAAAAAGCAGGAAUGUGGCGGUGAGCUCAAUCACAGCACCUGAUAUGGAAAGUGAUAGCAGUGAAUGGCAAGAAAUGAUUUAAUACUUCAUCUGUCGUCCAGCUCAGAAGCAGUCUCUCUGAGUGCUGUCGCCCAGCUCAGAAGCAGUCUCUCUGAGUGCUGUCGCCCAGCUCAGAAGCAGUCUCUCUGAGUGCUGUCGCCCAGCUCAGAAGCAGUCUCUCUGAGUGCUGUCGCCCAGGUCAGAAGCAGUCUCUCUGAGUGCUGUCGCCCAGGUCAGAAGCAGUCUCUCUGAGUGCUGUCGCCCAGCUCAGAAGCAGUCUCUCUGAGUGCUGUCGCCCAGCUCAGAAGCAGUCUCUCUGAGUGCUGUCGCCCAGCUCAGAAGCAGUCUCUCUGAGUGCUGUCGCCCAGCUCAGAAGCAGUCUCUCUGAGUGCUGUCGCCCAGCUCAGAAGCAGUCUCUCAGGAUGCUGUUUAACAGAUAACGAUCACUAUUUCAGGAUGUCACAUUGUAGUGUUGCAUAGUACCAUAAAUAGAAUGCUACACCAACAUGACUUUACAGGGUGUACCACAAUAUACAAACCUCACAUAAUAACAACUGAACAGCCAGCUUGCAGUUUGCUAGACGUGUAAUGGAAAAACAAGAGUAUUAAAGAAAAAAAUAUUAAGGACUCACACCAGUGAUGCCCACGUUAGAUGCAAUGUAUAGAAUAGGCUACAGGUAGUUUAAGCAGUUUUAUUGAGUGUUUUAUGUAUAUUUACUUACACAAGGUGUCCUGUCACAGUCCAAAUACUUGUGGACUGCAGUAUGUUUUCGUGUAUUUUUAAGCCAUUUGGUGAGUACAGUAUCUUAGUAUGGAGACUUUAUAGAAGAUAAGUACCAUGCUGGAGAGUUUUUUGCUGUGAAACCCUGUGAUACACACUGCACAUUAUUGUUGGUCUUAUUGCUGCGAUACACUCAUACACACCACACAUUAAUGUGAGUACUAUAGCUCAGGAGCUCUGCGAUACACUCAUACACACCACACAUUAAUGUGAGUAUUAUAGCUCAGGAGCUCUGCGAUACACUCAUACACACCACACAUUAAUAUGAGUAUUAUAGCUCAGGAGCUCUGCGAUACACUCAUACACACCACACAUUAAUGUGAGUAUUAUACCUCAGGAGCUCCAUGAUUCACUCGUACAGGCCAUACAUUAUUGUGAGUAUUAUAGCUCAGGAGCUCUGUGAUUCACUCGUACAGGCCAUACAUUAAUGUGAGUAUUAUAGUUGAGGAGCUCUGUGAUUCAAUCGUACAGGCCAUACAUUAUUGUGAGUAUUAUAGUUGAGGAGCUCUGUGAUUCACUCGUACAGGCCAUACAUUAUUGUGAGUAUUAUAGUUGAGGAGCUCUGUGAUUCACUCGUACAGGCCAUACAUUAAUGUGAGUGUUUUUUAUUGCUGUUUAAUCCUGUGGUAUACUCUCACACACAUUCUAUUCCAGUUGUCCUCUGUGGACACACACACUACACAUUAUUGAGUUUUAUUACUGUGGAGCUCUGACAUACACUCUUACACAGCGCACAGUACUGUACUUUUCAUUGCAGUAGAUAUUUUUGUGGUACGCACUCAGUCACUUAAGUUUUUUUUGCCGUGGAGCUCUGUAACACAGUCUUUACCGUUUGGAAAUUGGACAUCUCCUUGCUUUUUUUUUUUUUUUGUCUGUGAAUAUAAUAAAAUUCAGUAAGGUGGAAACUUACAGGCACAUAUUAUAAUGCAUUACCUAAGGGGUAGUGCUUUCUGUUUUGUUUUUUCCCUCCAUUGUAUAUGCCUGUGUUGUAUUUAAUGUACCUCACCCGGUUUCUUUGUUUUUACAGGAUAUAUUGGCCUUUGUUUGUCUUGAUAUUUUAUGUCAUCAGUCCCAUCCCGCAUUUCAUUGCCACACGCCUCAGUGAUGAUACAGAUGCUGCAAGCAGUGCCUGCCGAGAACUGGCUUUCUUCUUCACCACUGGAAUCGUGGUCUCUGCGUUUGGUUUCCCUAUUAUUCUAGCUAGAGUCCAAGUGGUAGGAUUUCAUUUUUUUUCUUAAUGUUUCAAAUCAAUGCUGGGCUUGAUGCCUAUCUGUAAUGCAUAAUAUAGACCGUGCAUUAGAAACAUGCAAAAACUAAACGUAGACGUAAAAAAACAAAAACCAAGCGAACUCCGCAUAGACAUUCUGACAAUGCUUUGUUUUUUCUGCAUUUCCACAAAUCCAGAAUUUGCAGUGUCUAUAGUGAGCUCUUCUAAAGCAAUGAAUUAGCUGAAAAGUUUAGCCAAACCUAACCUUUGAAUUAUUAUCUAUGGGAUAAAUAUAAACUGCAAUUUCCGAACACAUAAUAAAUUCACUGUUUAGUAGAUAUACCCUGACGAAAACAUGCAUGCAUGCAUAUAAUUAUGCCUUUUUUUUCCCCUUGGGUAUAUAUCUAAACAUAGCUUAAAAGAACUGCAGAUCUACUGUCUGCAGCCUUUGCAAGGCCUCCUUUUUUUCCUCAGCCCAGACUUUUUGCGUUUAAUAUAUUCUUCCUCACCUUGCGUUCUCUGCACCCAGCGGCCGUGCGUCUGCAUGACUGAUACUUGCGGCAUGUUAAUGGACACCGGCCGCUGUGGAUCCAUGGCAAAUUAUACCCACACGUUCACUAACGUGAUUGACGACGUUGGCAUGCACGUGACAUCACAAACAUGCCGCGUGCGUAUGUAUUGGGUUCAGUGAUCGAUCUCGGCCAAUCAGAAAGGUAAAGCAUGUAUUUAAACUCAAAAUUACCUUUCCUCGUUGCCCUGUCGUGGUUUCCCUAGUGAUUGUCCGAGAGUGCGUUCCUGAACAGUUAUUUUAUGGUUUCUCACUUUGAUUUUGACUUCCUUGUAUUCUGGUAUCCCUGACCUCUCUGGCUUUCUUUUAUUGUUGUGUCCCUUUCUGUAUUCCCUAAACUCGGCUACUAUCCUGACUAUUCUUUGGUACGUUAGUCCGGCCAUUCUAAGGCCCGGUAUACGUUACCUAUCAGUCAUCUGUGUGACACAAUUCUACGUGCUGGAUCAAGUAGUAAUCCUGAUAUUACGACAGGUCCAUAGAUCCUGUAGAAUUGUGUCAGCACAUAGCUGCUUGCGAAAGGAAGUUAUAGGAGAAUGAUCACCGCAUGGAUCAAUUUGCCCAGGCCUUCAAUACGCUUCUUACUCGAACAGCGCAUCUGCAACCUGCGGCCUCACCUCCACCUUAUGUACCUCCACCUAUAGUACACAAGGCACAUACUAUCUCCCUAUCUCCUCCCCUGCAUUUUGAUGGUAAUAUUCAAGAAUGCUGGGGAUUCCUUAACCAAAUUGAAUAUCAUUUUGAGGCCUCACUGGGAUCUUUUCCCACAGAGAGAGCUAAAAUUUGUUAACUGAUGAACCAACUUAAAGGUAAAGCUUUAGCUUGGGCCAAUCCGUUAUGGGAGAGUAAUAGGAGCGUGGCACACAAUUACCAGGAAUUCCUUACGGAAUUCAAACUUAUGUUUGAACCAUUAGGCAGGGAGGAUGAUGCCUCCACUGCCCUAAUGCAUAUCAGACAAGGGAACUGGUCUAUCUCGGAGUUUGCCAUAGAAUUUCGCACCUUGGCUUUCGAGGUAGACUAGACUAACAGCUGAUUAAUCUCGGCAUUUAAGAAAGGAUUAUCUGAGACUAUGUUGGAUGAGAUCGCCGCCAAAGACCUACCCAAAAAACUGAACAAAUUUAUCACAUUUGUCAUGCUAAUAGAUUAAGAACCAGAGAAGCUGCUAGAAACAAGACCAGACAUAUGACUAUGCCUUUAGCACCCCGCUUUACCAGACCUAUUGUCCCUGACCUUCCAGUGCAGUCCAAACCCGAACCCAUGGAGUUGGGGGUCACUAGACUGUCGGAGGCAGAAAGACAAUAUAGGAGAAAAGAAGGCCUAUGCCUAUACUGCGGUAGAAGAGGACAUAUGAGGAGUGCUUGCCCCAUACGUCCGGAAAACUACUGCACCUAAGAACCUUAAGGUCUUGGGCGUAAUGGAUACGUCCUUUGGGAAUAACAAAAAUAGAUUUUUUUCCUCAAUAUUAUGAUCAUACUUGACAAAAAGAACUUUUCCUGCAAAGCCCUAAAGGUGCAGCAGGCAAUUUCAUUGAUGUUCAUUUUGUGAAAAGUAACGCUCUACCUAUCAAGGAGAGACUAUCACCUCUGGCUGUUGAAGCUAUCGAUGCGAAACCACUCUCUCAAACAUUAAUCACCCACGAAACCUUGCCCAUUAACAUGUCUAUUGGUGCCUUACAUAAGGAAGAUAUAACAUUCCAAGUUAUUACGUCUCCUUCGUGCCCUAUCAUAUUAGGCUUUCCUUGGCUUAGUAAGCACAAUCCUCAUAUCAACUGGGCUAAUGGGGAAAUAUUAGAAUGGGGUAAGGAUUGUAAUGGGAACUGUAUGUUACACAUCAUCAAGAGAGUGGGCACCAUUAAAUUACCCACUACUACGCCUCGAACUCCCGAACUUUCCAUACAAUACCAGGAGGUGUUCAGCAAAACUCUGUCUAAUAUUUUACCUCCUCACAGACCAUAUGACUGUUCCAGAGCAGCUUUAUUGUAAAUUGGAAAAAUGUAUCUUUGAUCAGUCAGAAGUACAGUUUUUGGGGACAGGGACACUGCACCCAGACCACUUUAAUACGCUGAAAUGGUCUGGGUGCCUAUAGUGUCCCUUUCAUUCAUGUUUUUUUUUAAAAUGUAUUUAUUUUUCCCAUGAAUGGAGCAAAUUACAGUUGUAAGACAAGCUCCUGCAUUAAAUAUUUUGUGGGAGCAUCUAAGAGGUGCUGGGAAGCUGAAGCUUACAAUGAAUUUUAUAGUGUUUGGAAAGAUUACAGUAAACCCAAUAAAAAGAAUAAAUAAAAUAACACGUUGACAUGCUUUGUGACUGGUUUUUGAUAAUUUUCUUACAAUAAAGAAUAUCUUUCCGGACACACCCUUAUUUAAUGCACACCGUAAAUGUUCAUUAAGUGAUAUCUGAUCAUUUUGGUUAGUAACCUUAAGCUUUUCAUCAGAUUUAUUAAUUUUGCUUUGCAGGCUGGUUCGGAUCGGAUCAUAAAUAUGCGUUAAAGCAGCUCUUUCACUUUGAAGAUUUUGCUUUUCAAUUAAUCCUUUUUUGUCCUUCUGUUUCUCUUUGUUCUCAUUUUUUUGAAAUUCACCUUUAUAUUUUACUUGUACAUAACUAAAAGUAGGGAUUAGGUUUUGCUUAUGAGGAGCGUGGCCUUUUGCAAAUUGUGGCAAUGGGUGGAGCUUAAGCAAAGUGUCAUGUCCGUUGCCAAGGUAAUUUACCCACAAUGCAUCAGUCAAAAGAAUUCCAGAGUAGGGCAAACUGCAGACAUGAUGGACAGUGGCAUAUCAAUCUGCUGCCAGUGAUCCUCCUCUAAGCACUGCAUAUCAAUCUGCUGCCAGCGAUCCUCCUCUAAGCACUGCAUAUCAGGCUGAUGCCAGUGAUCCUCCUCUAAGCACUGCAUAUCAGGCUGUUGCCAGUGAUCCUCCUCUAAGCACUGCAUAUCAGGCUGAUGCCAGUGAUCCUCCUCUAAGCACUGCAUAUCAGGCUGCAGCCAGUGAUCCUCCUCUAAGCGCUGCAUAUCAGGCUGCUGCCAGUGAUCCUCCUCUAAGCACUGCAUAUCAGGCUGAUGCCAGUGAUCCUCCUCUAAGCACUGCAUAUCAGGCUGCAGCCAGUGAUCCUCCUCUAAGCGCUGCAUAUCAGGCUGCAGCCAGUGAUCCUCCUCUAAGCACUGCAUAUCAGGCUGCUGCCAGUGAUCCUCCUCUAAGCACUGCAUAUCAGGCUGCUGCCAGUGAUCCUCCUCUAAGCACUGCAUAUCAGGCUGCUGCCAGUGAUCCUCCUCUAAGCACUGCAUAUCAGGCUGCUGCCAGUGAUCCUCCUCUAAGCACUGCAUAUCAGGCUGCUGCCAGUGAUCCUCCUCUAAGCACUGCAUAUCAGGCUGCUGCCAGUGAUCCUCCUCUAAGCAGUGCAUAUCAAUCUGCUGCCAGUGAUCCUCCUCUAAGCAGUGCAUAUCAAUCUGCUGCCAGUGAUCCUCCUCUAAGCACUGCAUAUCAGGCUGCUGCCAGUGAUCCUCCUCUAAGCACUGCAUAUCAGGCUGCUACCAGUGAUCCUCCUCUAAGCACUGCAUAUCAAUCUGCUGCCAGUGAUCCUCCUCUAAGCACUGCAGAUCAGGCUGCUGCCAGUGAUCCUCCUCUAAGCACUGCAUAUCAGGCUGCUGCCAGUGAUCCUCCUCUAAGCACUGCAUAUCAGGCUGCUGCCAGUGAUCCUCCUCUAAGCAGUGCAUAUCAAUCUGCUGCCAGUGAUCCUCCUCUAAGCACUGCAUAUCAGGCUGUUGCCAGUGAUCCUCCUCUAAGCACUGCAUAUUAGGCUGCUGUCAGUGAUCCUGCUCUAAGCACUGCAUAUCAGGCUGCUGCCAGCGAUCCUCCUCUAAGCACUGCAUAUCGGGCUGCUACCAGUGAUCCUCCUCUAAGCACUGCAUAUCAGGCUGUUGCCAGUGAUCCUCCUCUAAGCACUGCAUUUUAGGCUGUUGCCAGUGAUCCUCCUCUAAGCACUGCAUAUCAGGCUGUUGCCAGUGAUCCUCCUCUAAGCACUGCAUAUCAGGCCGCUGCCAGUGAUCCUCCUCUAAGCACUGCAUAUCAGGCUGCUGCCAGUGAUCCUCCUCUAAGCACUGCAUAUCAGGCUGCUGCCAGUGAUCCCCCUCUAAGCACUGCAUAUCAGGCUGCUGCCAGCGAUCCUCCUCUAAGCGCUGCAUAUCAGAGAUACAGUUUGAGUUUGUAUGUUACUUUUUGUUUAUGUGUGUGGUGUUGUCUCUGAAUUCAUAUUCUUAUUACUUCAUUUCAUGAUUGUGCUACUGGUAGGAUUACUAUAGGCACAUGCAAAAUGACAUUGUGAUUCUUUUUGUGGAUUCGUGUCUCAUUGACUAUUCUCAGCAUUGUGAUGUCAUAGCUGUCAACGCCCCCGAGGACCAGCAAUUGAGAUGUGGGAUUUUUCUCUGCAUAGCAUUAGGGCCUCCACAUCGUCCGUGGUUUACUGCCAUAAAACCAAUCUGAUUGCUGUGAAUACCAGCACAUUAGUUCUACCUCUUACAAUUGUUUCAUUGGACGCCUCCUCUCACUUAAAGGACGGGUUUUUGGAUUAUUCCAUGAAAGCAAGCUGUAGUAAUAUGGAAAUAGGCAUAUUUAAUCAGUAAUAAAAUCUAUUGAAUUUACAACUCAAAAUAUAUCUUAUUGAAAACAUUAAACAUCCCCUAGGUGGUGCUCCAACCAUUAUAAAUGGCUCCAUACGCAUGGAAAUAGGACAGAUCUCCGGAGAACAUUUUCCAGAACAUUUCAUAUCUGGCAGCAAUUGCAUCUGUAACAAUAAACCCCUGGGUCAUUGUUUUAUUACUAGGAAUUUAUUGGCAAAGGACUCCUUGAGAGAGAUUUGGGGAUAUAAUAAGGAAGGAGCAAUCUUAAUCCUGUUUAAAUGACAUCAUGUAACAAAUAAUUAUGGAAUCAUUCAGCUCAAUACUUUUCAGUGUUACAUUUAUUCCGUCAUUCAUUGUUAAAGUAACACUCCAGGCACCAUCACCACUACAUCAUGCGGUACCAGACAUGCCUGGAGCUCUCAAGGUAGGUCAAUGGGAUGGCCCUUCACAGAUGUUCUUAGCUCAGUGGUGCUAGUAGAAGCUUCUUUCAGGAGCUUCUCGCCCCAAAGGAGGCAGCGGCAACUGUUUGACAGGACCCAAGUGAGUUGUGAAUAUGUUCUUAAACAGUGCCAAGGCGGGUGCCAAGGCACUCCCAGCAAAAUGACAACUACAGCAAGUUCUGUAAAAGGAUUAUUCCAAACACCGUUGCAAAAUAUGGUCCUUGCAGAGAUCAUAGUGAAAGGAGGUCCCCUGUUUUUUGCUUCUCUUCUCCUGGUUCACCUCAUGCCUCUCAAAUGUCCCUAGUUUGGAGUGACAGUCCUUAUUUUUAUUUAUUUCAAAACUCCUAAUUACAGGUUGGAAUAUAUAUUAUAUUGUUUAUGAAGGUUUUUUGUUUUUGUGUUUUUUUUUGUAGAAACAUUUAAAUGCCGGUACAUCAUGUUGGCUCUUGGCCAGCACAGAACAUGUAGCAUUCACACACUGCAGGAGAGAAAUUGAUUAAUCAAUAUCGAGCCUUUGAAAUCCCUCCUGAAUUAAUUUCCUUACUGCAGAAUAUGGAGUCUGAUUUAUUUUUUUGGAAAAUGUGGUUAAUACAGAAAACCACCAGCUCCGUAACAAAUCCAGAUAGGUUAAUUCAAUUUGUAUUUAUUAUUAUAAAUGUACUCGUGAUUAGUAAAUAUAACCCUUUGGGUUUUUUUUUUUUUUGUUUUUUUUUCUCUACGUGAUCUUAUGUGCAUAUUGGUCAAAGUAUGGACAAAAAUAAACAAAAGCCAACAGUUUCUUGCACUGUGCUAAUAUGAAUUCUUUUGUAUGUAUCCAUCGAGGUGUUAAGUACUGAAAUGGUUAAUCAUACCAAAAAAAAACCGCUACAGCAGUUCUGUCCUUUUCUCUUUCAGAUACAAUGGGGUGCGUGUGGACUGGUCCUUGCUGGCAAUGCAGUUAUUUUCCUUACGAUCCUUGGAUUUUUUAUUGUUUUUGGCAGAGGUGACGACUUUAGCUGGGAGCAGUGGUAAAGACUGUAAAACCAAUAGGGAGUUUUUUUUCCCUUUUUUUUUUUUUCACGGAUUACACCAAUCCCUGCUCUCGUAUGCAUACUCAUCCCAUGUGGACAUUAAUGGUGGCCUGAUCUAAAUGAUGCCAGGUUCUGUUUCACAUUUCUUAUUAAGGCUACUGUUAUUGUAUUUGUUCCUUUUUAGUUUCUCUCCUUUUGUAAAUAUAUAUAAUUUAAUAUAAGACAAUUACACAUCAUAUCUAUAGUAAUAAAAGCAUUAACCGUUGUUGACAAAACUGUAUGUUGCCCGUGGUUUGAAGAAGGCCCGUCACUUGGAACCCUACAGGUUAUUGGUCUUGCAAAUAUCAUAUUGGCGAAAAGGGUUUUUUGUAUUUGUGCUAAAUUCACUUUUAUGAGUAUAUCCCCAAAACUUCUCUUUCUGUAACCCAACACGGACCUCUGCAAUACUUUUCUUGACAAUCAAAGAGUUAAACUGACCGACAACGGCCAGGAUAUAUAAGAGUAAAAACGCCCAGGCUGGCGAGAUCUGCAGUCUACACGUGAUGGCCAACAUUCCGUAAUUAAACCAUAUAUCCAAGGAUUUACUGGUGAUUAUAUGACAUGUCAUUGCGCUGACACUUCAUUUUGUACGGUUUCCAUUUUGUAGAACACAAACUGUGUGAGCUCUCCUGACUGAAUGGGUCUCUAUUUACUGAACAGUGUAUUGUUGUUAAUGAAUAUUGAACUGCAAAAUUUAGGCCAAAACAGACCAAUUAGAAAGUCUUGUCUUCCUGGCUAAAAUUCAGUAGUUUAUUCAACACCGUUCACUGUUUAGCGAAAACACGCAACAAGUCAUUUUGUUGAAUAUGCACUUUUUUAUAUGACUAUAAAAUAAUGGGCUACAUUUCAUAAUCCUUAUACUGAAAAGAUAACUUAAUAUAUAUUUUUUAAUUAUUAUAAGUGGUAUUCCUUAUUGUUUUUAGAAUACCGCCCCCCCCCCUUUUUUUUUAUUUGAAGUUUUUAAAAUUUGCUAUAAAAUUUACCUUUAUUCCAGUACUGAGAUAGACCCCUCACUGCAGUCCAGUCCUCCUCCAACAAAGCCCUGAACCCUAUCACUUUUGUUCAGUGAGAUACUUUCUAUUGAGAAGCAGUAAGGACACAUGGCGCAUGUAUUGCAGUUGCAACAAUCUACUUCUCAUAGAGAAACAUGAGAUGUACACAGCUUUAGCAAGCUAAAAUAAAUAGCCGAAAUAAAAUAAAUUCCAAGGCAGCAUCUUUUCCUGAUCUCUCCACUACGAUGAACUGAUAUUUAAUGCAUAGCCUGUCCCUUUAUGGCACACUCCAAGCAUUGUAACACCCACAGCCUAUUGAGGUGGUUAUGGUACAAUGAUAACCGUUCCCACUGUUUCUAUAAAGCCAGUUCCUCUUUUGGGGGCCCUUUAUGGUUUAUUCAAUAAUCUUUGUAUUUUGGAAUUCAGGGAAACCCCUAUGUUAUGGUGUCCAAAUUGUAAGUACAGCUCUGUACAGUUCUUAUGUAUGACUCCAUCCCCAAGUUAAAUAUCCAGGAUUGCCGUUUAUAUUGAAUACUUGUAUUUGGGUCUUAUUUGCCUAUUUUGCACAAUAGCCAUAUAAAACCAUGCAAGGGAUUGUCUGCUGUUAUUGGACCCAUAGUUACUGUUCCUGAAGAAUCUUUAACACUUUGGAAAAUUUAAAAAUGUGUGCCUUGUUUGCCUUUAAAACUCUUUUUGACGUUAACUUUAAUAAAAUCAACCAUGUUUAUACAUUUAAAAAUGUUUUUCAAAUCCACCCUUUUAAAUCUCCUGCACACCCACAGAGUGUGGAUUUCAUGGUAGAAAUGACACUGGUUUAUUGGUAUAUUUAACAUCUCUGAUCAAAUCUGAGUAGUCUUUAGAGCUGGCACUCUAAAUAUACGUAACUUUUUCCAUACAACAAAAACAGGUGCUGGUGUUACUUUUUUGUAUGUGAUUUAAAAAAAAAUUAUAAUUUUUUUUCUUAUAAAUAAAGUUCAGUAAAAAAAACAUUUCCUAACAUGACCUCUAAAACAAAGGCAGGGGCACUGAAUCCACAUCAACUCUAUUUGCCCCACAAAACCACCAACAGUUGGCACAGAUGCUGCCAAAUUUGCUUGCCCGGGAUACGUAAUGAAAUGAAGCUUCCUAAUUACAUCCCCCUCCCCUUUGUUUUGUUUUCAGAUAACUAAAAGAUAUUGGUAAAACCCAGAGGGACUAAACCUAUAACUGCAUAGCACCAUUACCACUCCAAAAAACGACAGUGGUUUUGGUGUUUGGAAUGUCACUUUAAGGUUAAAAUAAACUUCAAAAUGUAUGUUUUUUAUAUAUUAACGUCAAACAGUACUGCUUUUUAUAACUGACAUUGUAUGUAUACCGCCAAGAUUGUAUCUCCUCUCUUAUUACAUAAUAGAGAAAUUAUAUUCUGUUUUUAAAUCUUGGUGUGGAGGGGGCGAGGGGGUAAUUGAAUUUUUUGAACAUUCAUUUCUUUUUGAAAUGUGUCUCUUUUUGGACAAGCUCUUUUCAUUAUAAAAAAAAAAAAGGAAAAUUAUAUACUGUUUGUUUUUGCUGCAGUGUAUUCAAUUACUUGUGAAUGUUAAGUUGCAUACUGCUAUUGCAUUUGACAUGUUAACGUUGUGCAUUAUAUAAAUAUUAACACUGUGAUACGCAAUUCAUGUUUAUUUGUUUAUUUUUUUUUUUCAUAUUCUUUGUAUACCAGUUUUAAACAGAUUCUGGAGGACCUAAAACUAUAAGCAUUGAGAGUUAUUUCUAAAAAGCCUUUCUGGAGACUUAUUUGUAUAUACCCCCCAAUCACCAUGGAAACCAGUGGAAUGUCUGCUGAUUGCUCCUGUAUUGGUACCUUUCCCCAGAAUUGCUGUUUAGAAUUAAACCCAAAAUCCGCUGAGGCUCGCUGAUGUCACGGUUAACUAUGACUCGACAAGCAGUAUUUAAGUAAUCUAUAAAAAAUAUAUACUAUUUUGGAGAAUAAUGUAUUACCGGACCUUACUGAAGCCAGACUGAACAGAAAACAGAGUAGUACAGGACAAGCCAAGGUCAGGAGAACAGAAGGUAGAAUAGAUGAGAAUACUAGCCAAAGGUCAGGGACAAUUGAUAGAAUAGGACAAAGGACAAACCAAGGUCAGAUAAGACAGAGAUAAACCAGGAUUAACCCGCUUUCAAAAUUAUUAAAUAAAUGGAAAUCACGACAGGGCCCAGUACCAAACUAAAAAGGGGAUUAUAUUGCAUUAAGGGCAACGAUUGGUUACUUUUGCCCAUGUAAAGUCAGAACGUGCAUGCGCGUCGAUGGCGAGAUGACAUAUGCACAUUUGCGUCAUCAAUUAGAUAACAGGGGAGGGAGACUUUUAAAAAAGCUCUGGUAUGCAGCAGCUGGCUUCGGUAAAAACUCCAGGAUGAGGAUUGGCAGCAUUGGAGAUAGACUUAGGCGGUGUUCUCAGUAAGUAUAUGGAUCUCAUGGGAACGUGCUUCCGAAAACCCUCGUUGGCCAGGUGCUGUGACAGCUGAGCAAUAUGGGAAAUGUAGUUCACAGACUUAUGCAGUGCCAAGGUUAGCAACCAUAGUUGCAGGCUUGGUGGCUCUGUGAUGUCUCAAAGGGAUAAAAUUACUUAAAGGAACACUAUAGUCACAUAAACAACUUUAGCUUAAUGAAGCAUUUUUUAUGUGCAGACCAUGCCUCUCCGGUUUCACUCCCCAAUCCACUGUCAUUUAGGAGUUAAAUCACUUUGUUUCUGUUUAUAAGUGCUUGCCACACCUUCUCUGGCUCUGAUUGACACAGCCUGCAUGGGGAAAAAAACUAAAACUGGUUUCACUUUCAAUCAGAUGUAAUUUACCUUAAACUAUUUUAUCUCUUGCUCUUUAAAUUUAACUUUAAUCAUAUACAGGAGCCUCUUGCAGGGUCUAACAAGCUAUUAACAUAGCAGGGGAUAAGAAAAUCUAAAUUAAAAAUCUAAAUUAAAUUGCAAUAAAGGAAGGAUAAACUGUAGAUGACUCUUUACAGGACGUGUUUAGGGAGGCUGUGCAAGUCUCGUGCAGGGAGGUGUGACUAGGGUUCAUAAAAAAAAAAAGUGAUUUAACUCCUAAAUGGCAGAUAAUUGAGCACUGAGACUACCUGGGCAUGAUUUAUACACCAAAACUGUUUUGUUAAGCCAAAGUUGUUUUGGUGACUAUAUUGUCCCUUUAAAUAAAGCACAAAAGCAGAAGGCAAAGGAAUGUAUUGGUCAUAUCAUCUUAAAUGUCUUGCAAUUCUUUAUAGAGUCAUGUGACCUGCCAGCUCCUGGUUAUCAGACACGAGUCUGGUUUUCUUGUAGGGAUCCCUUAAGCUCAUACAGAGAAUGACAAAUUAAUGGAUUUUUAAGCCUCUUGGGGAAAACAAAGAUUGCAGAAUUAAUGACUUGGGUGUUACAGAGGGAACUGUGUAGUCUUCUUCCUUAUAAUUUUGUGUUUCUGAGUUGUAACUAGAAAUUGUGUGUUUACAAUCGUUAACCAUUUGACAAUCUUUAGAUAAGAACUGACAUACUGUUUAUAUUUUGAGUAAUAAAUCAUAAAUUCUAAGUAAGAAACGUCAGCCUUCCUUUCCAUGCAAAUAGGAGUCAAACAAAUCAAGGCCUUUAAGACUAUUUUUUUUUUUAUUAUAAAUACUUAUAAACCACCCAAAAUAGAAUAUAGAGGAAGGAUGUUUUCUUUUUAAUUUAAAGUUCAUAGUCCAGGCUUUUAUUUCAAGAUUGUAUCAAUUGUAUCUAUUUACAUUUUAUUACUAAAAGGAGUGCUACUGCUAAUCUAUAAAUUCUAAUGUUUGAAGAGUUCUAUUUGCGUCAUUAAAAAGAAAAAUGUGAAUUUUGCUUGCUACACACUGAAAUUUAAAUGUACAGAUCUGAAAAUGUUUUGAAUUUAAACAUAUAUUUAUUUUAACAGUAAGCUGAAGAUAAAUUGAAUUUAUAGUAUGUAUUUUAAGCAGAAAAUAUUCCACAUUUUGCAGCAAUUAGGCUAUUCUAGACCAGCAAAUUGUUUGGAACAGCAGUUUCUAAAAUGCCUCAAAACAUCAUUUUCCAUUUGUGUGUUAAUCAUUUAAAAUUAUGGUCAAUAGGGGCAGCCAUAUAGGUUCACUGAACACUACAUCAAUGUGUGUGAUAUUGUCCACUUGUAAAUCCCUUUAUAGGAGGAAAGCAGUCUUUAUAUAUUGUCUUUAUGUACUUUAUCCAUGGCAUGGAAGUAACAUGUAUCUUAUUGUAAAAUAUAUCGGUUUUUGUAUCUCUUAUAUGAAAA